AUGUUCCACACAUUCAGCGCAGUCAAAGCGGACGCGUCGCUGACAGGCUCCGCGUCAACUCGCCGAAAGCAUGGCUCUGUUCGCGCAUGCGACGAGUGUCGCCGUCGUAAGAUUCGAUGUGAUGGCCAGCGCCCAUGUGAAUCCUGCCAAUGGUACCAGAGAAUCGAUUUAUGCCGGUAUCAGGAUCCGCAUGUCCAGGACAGGCAGACUGCUAGCGCAUAUGAGCGCAUUGUUCACAAACUGUUUCCCAACCGCAGUGCAUCUGAUUUCAGUGCUCUGGCUGACCGUUCGCCCCUGGAACUGUUUGACUUGGCUAGACAAAGCCUCUCGGGUGAUAAUACCAUUACAUCCAGGGCGAUAUCACCACCCCCGGAUCCCCAGACUCCUCCCCGCUCUGUGGCAAGUGGAGACCUGGAGACGCUCCAGAUGAUGCCCGAGCAAGGGUCCAACGAUCAGAGGGACAUCAAUGACAACAAUCAGGAUAUGACCACCAACUUCUCUGACGACGUCAAUGCUUUGGCCUUGUCAUCCAAACCGCCUUCGUCCUACCUCGGGGCCUCGUCGAUUGCGGCUAUCCUCAAAGUUAUCACAUGGCUCCAGCCUCGAUUAUGCAAAAAGAUUGACUGUUCCGAACUCUGUGACCCAAUGCAGUACUCUUCUCCGGUACGUGAGGUGCUAAUAAAAGCCCGAAAUGACCAUCCGGGUGUGUUAACGGAGCAAACACAUUAUAUUCAAUCUGACGAAAAGUACCUCAUCGACGCAUUUUUCCUUUACUUUCACCCUCAUAUCCCAAUAGUUGAUGAGACAAUGUUCCACGAGACCUUUCUGAAACGCCAAAGAUCCGACUCGCGCUGGAUAUCGCUGCUCAACAUUGUGCUGGCGCUUGGCAGCAUUGCUGUCACUCCGGCAGACAACAAAGCUCAUUAUGUUUAUUUCCUGAAAUCUAAAAGCCACCUUGACCUAACGGCUCUUGGUUCACCGCACGUUGAAACAGUCCAGACCCUGGGCUUAAUGGGUGGCCAAUAUCUACACUAUAUCAGCCAGCCUAAUCUGGCUUACUCAUUGAUGGGGGCAGCGUUACGCAUGGCCACAUCAUUGGGUCUACACAAGGAGUUCGCCAAUCAUGACAAUAAAGAGUCAAAUAGUGAUCUGCAUUUAAAUAAUAUCCGCCGACAAGUGUGGUGGUCUCUCAUUUGCCUGGACACAUGGGGUACUGAAACGCUGGGUCGUCCAAGCUUGGGUCGCUGGUCAGCAGGAAUCACGGCAAAGUUACCUCAUUGUAGUGUUGGAAAUGAUCAGUUCUUUGCCAUUCUUACGCUUAUAGAGAACGUACGGUACUGCCGCAUCACUACCCAAAUCCACGAGGCCAUGGCAAUUGUUCCACUCCUUGCAUACAGCGAGAUUAAAGCCCUAGACAGGAAACUGGUAGAAUGGUUUGAAAAUCUUCCGCCUUUGCUUAAAGAUUUUGAAUCAUGUCCUGAACCACUGGAGAUGACCCGCACCGUUUUGCGCUGGCGAUACACUGUGCAGCGAAUGCAUCUCUAUAGACCGGCUUUAUUGAGCUACGCAAUGCGACGUAUACCUUAUGCGGCAUUGCGAACCGAGGAAUGCAGCGCAAUUGAUACAUGUAUGAAACUAGCCAUCCAAGGCAUUCGCGACAUGGGCGCGUCUUUUAGUGUCGGCUCCAGUCAAAUUCUUGGCUGGCCUGGUGUCUGGAUGAUUUUCCAAGCAGUGAUGGUUCCUCUCCUGACCUUGUGCAUCGACGAUCAAACCAACCCCUAUUCUACCACAGAGAGUCAUAGUAGCAUCGAAAUUGCAAUUGCGGCGCUGGUCCGAAUGCAAGCAUGGAGCCCUACUGGUUCAAGAACUUUGAACUUUGUGUGUUCGAUUUAUGAUGGCUGUAUUCACAAUGCAACAGGAAAAAAUACACCUAGGGCUGAAAUCCCUGCUGGAACUCAAGGAUCAUCCAUCCCAAUGCAAAAUAGCGCUGAGCCCUCUGGAUUCACUCCCACUCAAUCAACCUUUGACUUGAGCCUCAUGAGGUUCCCACCUAAUUUUGUUGGUAUUGAGGAUAAUUUUGGGGAUGAAGCAAUGUGGGACUUCAUCACCUGGAGUGAUGACCGACUAGCCCAGAGUUUGAUGCAGCUUGAUGCACAGAUGUAUUCUGACCAAGUCACUCUUGAUAAUGGUAUCUCGCCUCAAGACCAUGGCGAGGGCGACGCAACUUCUGGACAAUUCUGUUGA